AUGGCGAACACUCCAUUCUACAGAGUUCUUGGAGUUUGGAGCGUGGUACUCUUAUUUCUAAUCUUUCUGGUGCUUCGUCUGGAUAAAGAAACGCAAUGGUUUUGGUUCAUCAUUUUUAUCCCGUUACUGAUUUUUGACUGUUUUGUGAUCUUCUACAUUCUGCUUCGAAUCUGUCGUCAUAUCAAAGAUGGCGUCGACCCCAAUAAUUUCAGCAUUCCAAGAAAACUCUGGUUUUUGUUUAUGGUCGCUUCUAAGCUUAGCUUCAUUAUUGUACUCUGCUGCAGGCUUGAAAAUAUCGUCACUGCUUCUUAUUAUGUGGUCUUUAUACCCCUGUGGAUUUUUCUUCUCGGCCUUGGUUGCGAUGCGUCAGCAUGGGUUUGGGUGCUUGCAAACUCAAAUGGUUAA